AUGACGCGGUGGAACCAGCGAAUGGCCAAGAUGGCCUUCCGGCGGUCCAAAUUCCGCCGCCUAGCGUGGGGCGACGGGGACCCGUACCCCUACACUCCGCGCGCCACCUUCCGCUACCAGUGGGACGACUGGCCGAUGUGGGAGAAGAUGUGGCACCUCGCUGUCGGUGUGCUAGGCAUUGAGUUUGCCGUGUGGGCCUACUACUCGAAGCUGAACAGCCGCAUGGACUGGGCGCGCGAGGAGGCGCUGCGUCGCAUGCGCCUGCGCCGCGAGGCCCAGGAGCUGAUGAUUCUCGAGGGGGAGACCUUCCCAAGUGACAUCCAGCCGGACCGCCACUGA